AAGCGAGUUUCUCAAAAAUCCCGGUAGGGUCGCUACAACCGAUUUCUCGCGGAUAAAUGGUUAUGUUGACGGAAGAAAUGUGAUUUUUCUGGGCAGGACAACAUACUAAAAAUGUAUAAUUUAGCCAGUGUCUCAUCUUGUUCUGCAAGAAUCUUGUCCAGUGCAUUAUCGAGAUUCACCAUAGGUGUGAACCGAAGAGCAUGUAGUCUUCAGAAUGUCGCUGAUGAUCCGGAGACAGAGCGUAUGCUGAAAGUGUUGCGGCUGGAGGUGGAUGUUUUCCGGCAAGAGGGGCGGAAGGCACCUGACCCAGAACUAUUAAAGGAGGAACACUGGAAUCACUUGUUGACGCUGAAGACCAAGAAUUCAAGGCAAAAGUACUACGCAUAUCUUUGGCAAAUUCAGAUGAAGAGAGAGUCCGCCAAGAAGAAGCAUGAAACUGCGAAGGCAGAAACGCUCGUCCGGCGUGCUGAAAAGCUGGAGAUUGCCAAGACGGAGGAGCACAUUGUUUAUGGUCUAAACUGGACCACUAUGUUCCUCAGGAUUUACGACAGUACGAUAAAUUUAUGGCUGAACAAUCGACUUACCAGAGCGAUGCAAUUCGCGCCCAAAGUGGUGAUUGAUUGCUCUUAUGAGGAGUAUAUGAGCAGAUCAGAGGCAUCCAACUGUGGCAAGCAGUUAAUGUUGGCUUUUGCGGAAAACAGAUUGGCUACGGAACCUUUUGAUCUGCACUUUUGCAGCGUUGACUUGAAUGCCGUUGGAGGAAAUACGUUGAAGAAAUUCAUCCCAACACUCUUGGAUCCAGACUUCCCCAUCAAUGUGCACACGGAGAGUCACCUAGACUUGUUUCCGAAAGAGAGACUGGUGUACUUGACGCCUCACUGUCGCCAGGAAUUGACUGCCUACAAUCCAGAUGACAUUUACAUCAUCGGCGCCAUGGUAGACAAGAAAAAUACUGAUCCUUUAUCCCUAGCCAAGGCAAAGCGUCAGGGAUUGCGAAUGGCCAAGUUACCACUUGAUCGAUAUCUUCAGUGGACCGCAGGCAGUGGCAAAUCCCUGACCAUCAACCAGAUGAUCAGCAUUUUGCUCAUCCAGAAAGAGACUUCGAACUGGCAAAAGUCCCUCGAAGUAGUUCCACGUCGAAAACUAACAGUGUAUCCAGAGAAAAAACGCGAUUGGCUGGAAAAUCGGAUGGAAACGUUCAAAUACAGGCCUAGAUAUUGA